GGCUGGGCAGUGUUUGGGGUGUUCUGGGGGUGUUCCAGAGGCUGGGCAGUGUUUGGGGUACCCGGGGUGUGUUUUGGGGGUGCCCAGGGUGUGUUUUGGGGGUGUCCCAUCUGUCCCCCCCCUCCCCCAGGUACGGGAUCCUGGUGGACCCCAUCCAGGUGGUCUCGCUGUUCCUCAAGGAUCCCUACAGCUGGCCCGCCCCCUGCCUCAUCAUCGUGGCCAACGUGUUCGCUGUGGUGGCCCUGGCCCUGGAGCGGCGCCUGGCUGAGGGGUCGCUGUCAGAGGGGGCGGGGGCCGCCCUGCACGCGCUGAACCUGCUGAGCAUCCUGUGCUUCCCGGCCGCCGUCGUCCUGCUCGUGUCCUCCAUCACCCCCGUGGGGGCCGUGUUCGCCCUGGCCGUCCACACCAUCAUCUUCCUCAAGCUCUUCUCCUUCCGCGACGUCAACAAGUGGUGCCGCGAGAGGAGGGGCGGCCCCCACAAAGCCCCCCAGAACGCCCCCCAGAGCCCCCCCGAGGGCUCAGCCUCAGCCAGGAGAGCCAACGGGGACGUGGGACCCGGCGGGGUCACCUACCCGGGGAACCUCACCUACCGCAACCUGUAUUACUUCCUGCUGGCGCCCACCCUGUUGAGCUCAACUUCCGCGCUCCCCCGCCUCAGGAAGAGGUUCCUGCUGCGCCGCCUCUGCGAGAUGCUGUUCUUCAUCCAGCUGCUGGUGGGGCUGAUCCAGCAGUGGAUGGUUCCCACAAUCCAGAAUUCCAUGAAGCCGUUUCGGGACAUGGAUUACUCCCGGAUCAUCGAGCGGCUCCUGAAGUUGGCUGUCCCCAACCACCUGAUCUGGCUCAUCUUCUUCUACUGGUUCUUCCACUCGUGCCUCAACGUGGUGGCCGAGCUGAUGCAGUUCGGGGACCGGGAGUUCUACCGGGACUGGUGGAACUCGGAGUCCGUCACCUACUUCUGGCAGAACUGGAACAUCCCCGUGCACAAGUGGUGCCUCAGGCACUUCUACAAGCCCAUGUUGAAGAGGGGGGUCAGCAAGUGGACGGCGCAGACAGCCGUGUUCCUGGCGUCGGCCUUCUUCCAUGAGGUCAGGGACCCCAAAUCCUGCCUGGGAACCCCCAAAUCCCGCCUGGGAACCCCCA